UAUAAAAAGCAAAAUGGUGACUCAGAGAGGAGAGUUGGAAGCGUCCUGCCUCCUGCUCCCACUGUUAAUUUUUAGACUUGGAAUUAGGCAGAAGGCAAAGGAAACAGCAGCACGAAAUACGCGACUGACAUGCUAUUAAGCGGGUGGCAACAGCAGAGCCGCGCCUCCCCGACUCCCAGCAGCCUCUGAACGUGCAGAGCCAGUGCCUGCUGGCUCUCCCCGGCCCCCCCGUCAGGCCCCUGGCCCCGUGCAGCCCCUGCCUGGGCCGGGCGUGGAUGGUGCGGCCGGGGUCAUGGCAGCUGGGGGCCGCCGCCGGCGCCCACUGCGCUACCAGUCCCUGGCAGCCCUGGUGGAGGACUCUCAGUGGCCUUUCUUGUUCCUUGUCGCAGACUUCAGCUACGGGGCAGACGACGACGACGGAGAAGGGAAUGAGGAGCAGAAGGGGCCCCCGGAGGGCUCCGAGACCAUGCCGUACAUCGACGAGUCGCCCACCAUGUCCCCCCAGCUCAGCGCCCGCAGCCAGGGUGGCGGGGACAGCACCUCCCCCACCCCACCCGAGGGGCAGGCACCUGGGGUGGAAGCAGGGAAAGGCCUGGAGAUGAGAAAGCUGGUUCUCUCGGGGUUCCUGGCCAGCGAAGAGAUCUACAUUAACCAGCUGGAAGCGUUGUUGCUGCCCAUGAAACCCCUGAAGGCCACAGCCACCACCUCCCAGCCUGUCCUCACCAUCCAGCAGAUCGAGACUAUCUUCUACAAGAUCCAAGACAUCUAUGAGAUCCACAAGGAGUUCUAUGACAACCUCUGCCCCAAGGUGCAGCAGUGGGACAGCCAAGUCACCAUGGGCCACCUCUUCCAGAAGCUGGCCAGCCAGCUUGGUGUGUACAAAGCUUUUGUGGAUAACUAUAAAGUCGCUCUGGAGACAGCUGAGAAGUGCAGCCAGUCCAACAACCAGUUCCAGAAGAUCUCAGAGGAACUCAAAGUGAAAGGUCCCAAGGACUCCAAGGACAGCCACACGUCAGUCACCAUGGAAGCUCUACUGUACAAACCCAUUGACCGCGUCACUCGGAGCACCCUGGUCCUACAUGACCUGCUGAAGCACACCCCUGUGGACCACCCCGACUACCCGCUGCUCCAGGAUGCCCUCCGCAUCUCCCAGAACUUCCUGUCCAGCAUCAAUGAGGACAUCGAUCCCCGCCGGACUGCAGUCACAACCCCCAAGGGGGAGACGCGGCAGCUGGUGAAGGAUGGCUUCCUGGUAGAAGUGUCAGAGAGCUCCCGGAAGCUGCGGCAUGUCUUCCUCUUUACAGAUGUCCUGCUGUGUGCCAAGCUGAAGAAAACCUCUGCGGGGAAGCACCAGCAAUAUGACUGUAAGUGGUACAUCCCCCUGGCCGACUUAGUGUUUCCAUCCCCUGAGGAGUCUGAGGCCAGCCCCCAGGUGCACCCCUUCCCAGACCAUGAGUUGGAGGACAUGAAAAUGAAGAUCUCUGCUCUCAAGAGUGAAAUCCAGAAGGAGAAAGCCAAUAAAGGGCAGAGCCGGGCCGUCGAGCGCCUGAAAAAGAAGAUGUUUGAGAAUGAGUUCUUGCUGCUACUCAAUUCCCCCACAAUCCCGUUUCGGAUCCACAAUCGGAAUGGAAAGAGCUACCUGUUCCUACUGUCCUCGGACUAUGAGAGGUCAGAGUGGAGAGAAGCAAUUCAGAAACUACAGAAGAAGGAUCUCCAGGCCUUUGUCCUGAGCUCAGUGGAGCUCCAGGUGCUCACGGGAUCCUGUUUCAAGCUUAGAACUGUACACAACAUUCCUGUCACCAGCAAUAAAGAUGAUGACGAGUCUCCAGGACUCUACGGCUUCCUUCAUGUCAUUGUCCACUCUGCAAAGGGGUUUAAGCAAUCAGCCAACCUGUACUGUACCCUGGAGGUGGAUUCCUUUGGCUAUUUUGUCAGCAAAGCCAAAACCAGGGUGUUCCGGGACACGACAGAGCCCAAGUGGGAUGAGGAGUUCGAGAUAGAACUGGAGGGCUCUCAGUCCCUGAGGAUCCUGUGCUACGAGAAGUGCUACGACAAGACCAAGGUCAACAAGGACAACAAUGAGAUCGUGGACAAGAUCAUGGGCAAAGGGCAGAUCCAGCUGGAUCCUCAAACCGUAGAAACCAAGAACUGGCACACAGACGUGAUUGAGAUGAAUGGGAUCAAAGUGGAAUUCUCCAUGAAAUUCACCAGCCGAGAUAUGAGCCUGAAGAGGACCCCGUCCAAAAAGCAGACCGGCGUCUUUGGUGUGAAGAUCAGCGUAGUGACUAAGCGGGAGCGCUCCAAGGUGCCCUACAUCGUCCGGCAGUGUGUGGAGGAGGUGGAGAAGAGGGGCAUCGAGGAGGUCGGCAUCUACCGGAUAUCCGGGGUGGCCACGGACAUCCAGGCGCUGAAGGCCGUCUUCGACGCCAGUGAGAAACUGAAGAAGCUCAGAGAGGCCAAGUCACUUGCCCAGGAUUGUCCAGCUUAUAACAAGGACAUCCUGCUGAUGCUGAGCGACAUGGACAUCAAUGCCAUUGCCGGCACCCUCAAGCUCUACUUCCGGGAACUGCCCGAGCCCCUCCUCACAGACCGACUUUAUCCAGCUUUCAUGGAGGGCAUCGCUCUGUCGGACCCUGCUGCCAAGGAAAACUGCAUGAUGCACCUGCUCCGCUCCCUGCCCGACCCCAACCUCAUCACCUUCCUCUUCCUGCUGGAACACUUGAAAAGGGUUGCUGAGAAGGAGCCCAUCAACAAAAUGUCACUUCACAACCUGGCGACCGUGUUUGGCCCCACAUUACUGAGACCUUCAGAAGUGGAGAGCAAAGCACACCUCACGUCGGCCGCAGACAUCUGGUCCCAUGAUGUCAUGGCACAGGUCCAGGUCCUCCUCUACUACCUGCAGCACCCCCCCAUUUCCUUCGCAGAACUGAAGCGGAACACACUGUACUUCUCCACCGACGUGUAGCCCGAGGCAGGGUGGCUGCAGGGGGGUGGCCAGAGCCAGCCUCUCCAGCCGGGCCCAACUCAGACUUGAAAGACUGCAACAGAAAACUCCCAGACCCAGCACUCCAGACUCUAGGGAAGCGGACUUCCAAGAACUGGAAUGUGUGCAUCUUUUGUGCCACCUUGUACAAAGCCAGCUGACCAGCCCCCAGCCUCACCGCCACGCCCCGGGCUCCAGCCCUCCGUACCUCUAGUUGUGUCUAAUGCUCCGUGCUGUUCGGGAAUUGUUUUAUGUAUAUUUGUCAUGCAGAAAAGGUAGUGACCGACCUGGUGUGGGCACACAGACAGCCUGCUUUGUUUGUUCAUUUCCGCCAACACUCUCUUCCUCCCGAGUCCAGUCCAAGGGCUUUUAUUUUGCGCUGUGUGACUGCCACCAGCUCCUCUCUUGGCCCUGCUCCCAGAUCGCAGUCUCCCCUGGGUUCUCCUCCACCCUCUCCUCCUUCCCAGCCUGCCCACAUGCAUGUGCAGCCUCGGUUUUCGCUCCGUCACCUUGAAAGCUCUGAAGAGGCCCCAGGUGGUGGCAGCAGGCCUGUCUCAUACAAGCCGUUCGCUGCCCCACCCUCUCCGUGCCCUCCACCUGUGGAAGCACACCUGCUUUGCCUUGCUGCCUGUGCAAAUGUUGGACAAGGAGACAGACUCGCGCUAAGCCUCAGCUUACACAGAGCUGGAGAGCUCAUUUCUGGAAUUUGCCAUUUGAGAAUCUCCAUUUCUGGGAUUUACCUGCUCUGUCUCCUACCUACCAGUGAGGCAUCUUUGACUGUUUCUUCUACUGCUUUUCAGUUCCUUUUCCCCUGGUGUUCUAAUUCCUUUGAGUGUAAGGCUCACAAGUGACCUACUGCCAAGAUAGCCAGACAGGUCAGGAGAGAACCAGGAGGGAGGAGGGAGUCAGGCUGCUGAGGAGACACGACACGCUGAACAGGCAGAGGAGUGGCACACAGCACUGGAGUCCUGAGUCAUGGGGAAGCAGCUCUUAGUGGCAAGGAGUUGUGGUGGCUUUUCGAGCAGAGCCAGGCUUCCUGGAGGGCCACUGAUGAGGCUGAAGCAGGUGCCCAGAAGAAAGCAGGCUCCAGCCAGAGCCCCAGCACCUCAGGACCUCGUGGCACCCUUGCCUUAGAUUUCACACGCUCUCCACCACAGCCACGCACUGCCACGGGGCAGUUGCCCUGGGCACUCCAGGACCUGGGAAGGAAAGGCACAACCCAGCAGUAGCCGGCCUUCAUGGUGCUGCCCUCAGCCCUGCCCCUGGCUUCUGGACGCAGCCUUUUGGGUGAACUCUGGGACACCCCAGAAGUCGGGAGAGGAUGAGGAAUCACAGGCACCUGCCUCUCUUGGGACUGGCUCUUGCUGGGGGCUCUCCUUGUGGUUGCUGUACUCCAGACUGUGCAUCAGCAGGUUCCACUCACAGCGUGACAACCCACUCUCAGUGCUGGGGAGGAGUGAGAUGUAUUCCCAGAGUGCAGUUUCCCAGCAGAGCAGCAGCUGCUAGCCUGCCGGCAAUCAGCCUAAGGGAGCAGACACUCCCAGCUCCAGGCUCUUGUAAGUGGCAGAGUAGAUUCUAGAGCCUCAGGACUGGGGAGAACAACUCCCAUUGCUUGUGCUCAGGGCUAUGUCUUAGAGAAGAAGGGUUUGCUGACCCUAGAGCUGUAGCACCUGCUCAGUGAGAGACAGGGCCCUUUUUGAUCCUGUUUACACCUGUUGCCUUCGGUGGAAUGGUACAUAUUCCGUGCAUGUCGGAGGGAAGAAAUGCCUAAGAGGAAGGAAACUGACUACCUGCCUGUCAGCAGCUUAGCAAGGAGCCCUGCUCCCUGGGACAGGUAGUAAAUGAAAAGGAAAGCCACUUGAGUCUAAAGAUCCAGCGUCUGACCACUCCUGAAGUCUCUGCUUGGCAGCUGAGUGUUGGUAUGUGGCUUGGAAGGCUCUUGCUCACUUCCAAAGCAUGGACAGUAAUGAGUCAGGCCCAGCUAGAGCUGGUGACAGCCCAACUGGGCCCCUCCCACCUCCCAAACAAGGAGCGUUUGUUUCUCAGCAUCAGGGAGCCCUGCAGCCCCAAGCUUGCUUAGGCAAUGCGAGAAGGGGAGAAAGGCCAGAAGGGCCCAGAAAUGCGAAAGGCUCAUAUUUAUAAAUUCCACCCCAGAGUGGGGAGGGUCAGGCGACGGACCUGGACAAAGCUGCACCAAGGAAAUGCCCAGCAGGUUCUCCUGACAGGCACUGUGCAGCCCAGAACCCCCAGUCACUUGUGCCCAGCAGGAUGGGCUGUGCCAACAGGAGCCCAGAGCCAGGCUAUGGGAAUCGCAGGCACGCCUGUCCUUGCUGGGCCAUGACUCACGGCUGCUAGUUUUUGCUGAUACAGGUAGGAUGGAACCCUUCAUUAAUAUUUGAAUUUAAUAAGUUGGUAAGGAUAUAUUUUUUUUGUCUACGUUCUGUUUCAACUUAAUGUAGAUUAUUAUAAAUUGAUGUAAACCAUGUGAGAGGAAAAUGUUAAUAAAAAAAUGCAAAGCCCCAACAUUUGCACAAAACUCA